AUGUUCCAGAACCUUCCCCCACAGUAUCAACAGUACGCUCAAACAUACCAACAGUAUCGUCAUCUACUACCAGAAGCUCAAAGACGCCAAUACGAAGCUUACUUUCAACAAUUAAGCAACCAGAAUGGAGGCUACAGUCCUAAUGGUGGAUAUAGUCAGAAUUCAGCUUAUGGUCAAAACUCUGGCUACAACAGCUACAAUCACGAUGGCGGUUACAGUAGUCAGAGUACUGGCUAUGCACAACCUCCAAUACAGCCUAUUGUCCAGCAGGCUGUACCUCGACUGAUAGGUUAUCCUUCAGCUCCAGGUGUGUUUACUCCAGCUACAAUCAAUGCUAUGCCAAGUACUGAUUACGGUAGACAAGGACAAUACAGUACUGGGCGAGGCUAUUAUCCAUCAGGACAAAACAGUCAAACUAGUUAUAAUCAAGGCAGCUACUCAAGUCAAAGUGGCCAAAAUAGAUAUCAACAAGGAUAUUACGAUCUACAGAAUUCGAGAAACAGCUACAAUACACCUUACAGUAACCAUCAUACACAAGUCUUGACUGAAGAAGAAUAUAAGAAUCAGCGCGACAGAGGGUCAUCCGACUCCCAUGACCAACAUGAUGAACAUAUUACACAUGUCCCUAUCCAAACCAGUCCUCAAAGCUUUUCUUACCAACCUUACCAGUCUGGUACUCCUUAUAGUAGUCAAAGUGGCUAUGUUACAGGACCAAACGCGUUAGCUACCCAGUCGAGGCAGUCCAACUUACAGUAUCCGAGUCAACAGUACCCGUAUUCUUACAGUGGCUCAAACUCCCGUGGUUACAGUAAUCCAAAUACCUAUCAAUCAUAUCAAAGCCAUCAGCCAUCGUAUCAGUACAACAAAGAUUGUUAUCCAGCCUAUGGCCAGUCCAGUUCAAACUAUUACUACCCUCAAAGAGGGUCUUUUGGUCCAGCUCCACAAGUUGUUGGUCCUACACAAGGUUACAGUAGUCAACCGUAUGUUCAAGAUCCAAGACUUCAGAAUACGACUCCAAGGUUUGGAGUUUUUGUGAAUUCUGGAGGUCCUGAAGAUUCUACCAUUCUGUCAAGGCCAAAUAACAAGAACAUGGGUAAUGAGGAUGAUGACUUUGAUCACUUAAAGUAAGUUUAAAAAGAUUACAUUUAGUAUAAAAAUAUUUUCAGAAAAAUUCGAAUAGGUGAGUCGUCAACGGAGACACUUGUUAACACGACUACCACAACCAAAUCACCGCCUAAAAAGAACAAUGGUACGACUACGACAACAACUACUUCAAAGCCAAAAACAGGCAGUACAACAAGCAUAGGCAGUACAACAAGUUCUGCAAUCAAAUCAACCACAAAUAAAGAAGAAGGUGCAGCAGAGAACAAAGAACAAGAUGAUGAAUUGGUUGAAGCUACAUCCACUGCAGACAUACCGUAAGAUUUUUUACUUUUUACUGUGAAAAGCCGUACUAUUCGGUCGUUCAAAUAAUUCUGUGCCCUCUCGCCCUCAAAACUAAGUUGGAAAAGGGGCACAAAAUUAUUUGAACAACCUAAUAUACUACUAUAUCCGAGGUAUAUCAUAAUAACUGCACUGUAAAAAAGAACACUGUAUAUUCAUAUAUAGAUAAAUAAAGAUAUAUGCUCUUAAAAUUUUUAAACUCUAGGCUCAGCUCCUCCGAACUCAAAAAAGGCCAAUGGAAUCCGGCUGACCUGAACGCCGAAUCUGAUAAACACUUCCCCGUACCCAAAAACCUACGAGACUUGCGACAAGGUAAUGUGAAUUCACGGUGGAAACGUUCUCUGCACCUCACAAUAAACACAGAAGCACCAAAAAAGAGUACAAAUAGUCCCAAUUACAAUGGUGACACUAAUAACUUGUAUCGUAUGAUCACUAAUAGUCCAAACAAGUUUACUGUAAAUCCCAAAAUCAAUGUCAUAACACCUGAUCGUAUGAGUAACGUAUUAACAGCCAAUCGUAUGUCUAAUCCUUUUACCACUAAUCGAAAAUAUAAUAUGUUUACACCUAAUAGUAACAUGUUCACUACACGUUCACCCAAUUAUAUGUACUCACAACGAUUCACUUACCCAAUACAGUCUAACUACAUACCAUCGUCAUCACGUACCCAAUUGUCAUCUAACAUACCAUCACUAUCUAAUAUACUAUCACCAUCAUACCAAUCAUCAUCAGCACCAUAUCUAUCAUCAUAUCAACGCCAAAAUUACGGUCCUUAUCACCCGUUAUUUGGAAAUAACUAUAAUAACUACCAACAGAUACCAGAAUCUCCGAGUUCAAGCCAGAAUCCAGGUAGGUUAAUAAAGAAUGCCAAUUGUUAUGUUCAGCACAGAUCCACAACUCGUCAACACCAUAUCACUAAUAGUAAUGCAAGCGCUACAAUCACUGCUUAGCAAUGGAUACGGUAGCCCAUACAGUAUGCCAUUUCAGCCAGCUGCUGGGUUUGGACUAAACAUUGGGCCGCAAUGGGGUAAUAAUGCUCAGAUAUUAUGGUUUAAUUGAAAAAGUACCAAAAUAGAGUUAAAGCUGAGAAUUAUAGAGAUAUUUUAGGCUACGAGGUGAACGCUGGAGUAUACGCCGGUGUUAAUGGCAAUCAAGGGUCCUAUGGUGCCAUCCCAAAUGGUGUAAUAUCUUCAGUACCUAACAAUCAAAUACCUAGAAAUCAAGGAUCUUCUCCUUUAAGCCAACGACCUUAUGGACCCACUAACACGAACGUCGGAGGAUCAUACGGCGGACUUUCUCCAUGGCCCUUCUUGCCACCAUCUGCUGUCAACUCACAGUAAGUAUUUAUACAUCACAGUAAGUAUUUAUAGACCACAGUAAAUAUUAACAUAUAUAAUAUUUCCAAAAAUUAAUUUACUGAUUGAGCAACAAAGAUAACUACGAAACAACCUUUUUAAUCUACUUCUCCUCCCUCAAUAAGCGUUAUUUACCGUCCAAACCCUGUUUGCUGCCCGGAAAAUAUAUUCAAUAAUUAAAUUAUACUAUUUUAACUUUAGAUCACAAAAUUCAACAAACCCAACAAUGCGAAACGAUCAUAAAGGCUCCGUGAAGCCGGUUUCAAUCAAAUCACUUGUAAAUAAACCAGAAGAGAUCGUCAAAGAUGACGAAGAAGUACUAAUAUCCAAACCCGAUGAACAUUACUUACAAUAA